AUGCAUACUCGAAAUGUAGGUUUUGUUCUCCAGCCCAUUUUCGGCUGGUUCGAGUUUAUGGGAAGUAUCGAAGAGACGCUGAUCGUGUGGAUAUCGUCGUGCAGUCUUGAUACCGCGGGAACGGAACAGUUCACGGCCAUGAGAGAACUAUAUAUGAAACAAGGCCAAGGCUUUCUCCUUGUCUUCUCCAUCACCAGCAUGUCGUCGUUAAACGAGCUGUCCGAACUCCGCGAGCAAAUCAUCCGCAUCAAGGACGACGAGAACGUACCGCUCGUGAUUGUCGGCAACAAGUCCGAUCUCGAGGAGGACCGGGCCGUACCCCGGGCACGCGCGUUUGGGUUAUCUCAAAGCUGGGGCAACGCCCCCUACUACGAGACCUCCGCCCGGCGCCGGGCUAACGUCAAUGAAGUCUUUAUCGAUCUCUGCCGUCAAAUCAUCCGCAAGGAUCUCCAAGGCUCCAGCGGCAAUGACUCCUCUCGCAAACGUGAAGCCCAAAACAAUCGUGACCGCAAGAGGGAAAGACCACAGCGCCGUCGAUUACCAUGUGUGAUUCUAUGA